AUGACGUUUGAAUUUUGGUGACAUUAAAUUAACUACGUUGGCAAGACUGUGAAUCUGACAAUUCAACUCAAAAUUUCACCGACCAAGCUGUAAAAAUAAUUCAUGGGGAGCCAGCACAAUGUCUAAGUCAAAAGCAAUUUUAUUGAGGGUGCAGUCGGCCGAGGGCACAAAGAGGAUUGAAAUAACGGCCAGCUCAUCCACCAGCAAACUGUUUGAAACCAUCUAUGAUGCCUUCGAACUGAACAGUUAUGCCUUUGCCCUGUACAAGGAGAAAAAUAGGAAGGGCGAGAUCGCGAGCAGCAAAACUAACACUAUUCAGUCGCAGGGACUUAAACAUGGGGACAUGAUCUACAUGGCCCCUGUCAAUGGUGCUGUGUUGUUCCCUUCUAGUUCAAGUAAUAAUCAAGGGGGCGAGCCUGUCGAUGAUGCGGAGCCUUCUACCAGUUCCGGCCGCGUAACUAACGACCCAAACAGUUCCAGGUCCAAUUUUAAAAAUGUUAGAUCUACUCCCAACAUUAAGGAAGAUGAAGUUGAUUUGUUAUUAAACAAACAAGAUGGCAAAAUCCAACGUAAACGCGACGACAAACUUUGUCGUCAUAAUGCAAACUCUAGAUGUGUUCAUUGUUCACCCUUAGAACCAUAUGAUGAGGCUUAUUUAAAAGAGCAAAAUAUUAAGCAUUUAUCUUUUCAUUCUUACAUAAGAAAACUGACUUCAGGAGUUGAUAGAGGCAAAUUCUUAGCCUUGGAAGAUCUAACUUGUAGAAUCAAGGAGGGUUGCAAGGAUCAUCCACCAUGGCCAAAGGGCAUUUGCUCCAAAUGUCAACCCAAUGCUAUUACACUAAACCAACAGAGUUACAGACAUGUUGAUAAUGUGGCAUUUGAAAACACCAAUUUGGUGGAGAAGUUCUUGAAUUAUUGGCGCACCACUGGUCAUCAAAGAGUUGGUUUUAUGUAUGGCACUUAUGAAGUUCAUACUGAUGUGCCUUUAGGUAUUCGUGCAAAUGUGGUGGCAAUCUAUGAGCCACCUCAGGAAUCAACACGCGAUUCGGUCCGCCUCUUGCCCGACGACCGCGAACAAAUUGUCGAAUCUUUGGCUUCAGAAUUGGGUUUGCGUCGCGUCGGCUGGAUAUUCACGGAUCUCGUGGCGGAGGACUUGCAAAAGGGAACUGUGCGACACACGCGCAACAUCGACAGUCACCUUCUGUCCGCCCAGGAAAUUAUUACCGCCGGUUACUUCCAGAACGCACAUCCGAACGCCAGCCGAUACUCUGGCACUGGAGCUUUCGGAUCCAAGUUUGUCACUGUUUGUGUUACAGGGGAUAAGAGUAAUCAGGUGCACAUGGAGGGAUACCAAGUGUCUAACCAAUGCAUGGCUUUGGUGCGUGACAACUGCCUUCUACCCACCAAGGACGCUCCAGAGCUCGGCUACAUUCGCGAAUCAUCUGAUAAACAAUACGUCCCUGAUGUUUACUAUAAGGAAAAAGAUUCAUAUGGAAACGAAGUGUCUCGAUUAGGGCGACCGUUGCCAGUGGAAUACCUGCUAGUGGACGUACCCGCUUCAACGCCGGUCACCCCAACCUACACCUUCAACAGCGACACCACCAAACAACCGUUCCCCGUGGAAAACCGUCUGGUCGACGGUCACAUCCAGGAUUUCAACGCCCUUACCACCUACUUGUCCCAGUUCGCGUUCAACGAAUUCUUCACGGCAAUCAACGACUUCCAUCUACUGCUCUACAUUGCCACAAUGGAUAUGUUGCCGAUGCGCGAAUACAUGGGACCGUUGUUACAGGCACUCAGGAACAAGAAUCGCGAAGCUGCUGAUGAAUGGUCCAGAUCCGAGCAUUGGGCCACGGUAGAACAAUUGAUUGCAGCCAGUUCUCCGCCUCCCUCAAGGCCAGGAAGUGUCGCUUCGGGCAGUAUAUCCACUGCGGCAACGGGCACGGCGGCCGGACCGAUGUGGACGUGCCCGUUCUGUACUUUCUUAAAUCAACCAGAACAGCAGAACUGCGAAAUGUGCAAUCUGCCCAGGUCCAACAGAUCACACUAAAAUGGUCCGAAAGAAGAAAGAUCCGAGCUGAAUGUAGAUCAUGUGAUCCAAUAACAUUUAGGAAUUAUGUAAACAGGUUUUUAAUUUUUGCAACGGAGUGACAGGAACUUGUUUGUGGAUUAGUUUUUAAAAAAUAUAUGAGUUAGCCAAAAUCAACAGAUAUUUUUCUAAAUCAAAUUGUACCUAUUUUGUUUUGUUUCGGGUUGUAGCCGCGUAUUUAUUUUGCAUAAUUGUAAAUAUGAUAAAACUAAGCCUGGUUAUUUUAUUAAUUUCGUUUAUGUAGAUAUAAGUUGUGUUUAAUUUAACUUGUAUGUAUGGUGAAUUGAAUAAAAAUUAAUAAAACGAAAAA